UUUUUGAAACUUUACGGCUCAGGACAAAAAUAAAAAAACAAAGACGCCACUUUUUUUUCCUUUUAAUUUACAGAGAGAAAGGGAAGAGACAACCCACGAUCCGCCAUAGCUGUACAGAUCCCCACAAGAGAAGAAAAAAAAAACUUAAUCAUGCCUCCAGGUGCUAAGAAACGAAAAGCUGCUAAGAAAAAGCAGGAACAAGCAUCUUCUACUCAAAUCAAUCUCAAAUCCAACAACCAAGAAUCGAGGAGCCAAGACGAAAGGGAGAAUGAUGAUGGUGUUAGUUCCCAGGAAAACUACAAGAAAGCAGGAUCCAACGAGGAAGAUGCAAAUAGAAUCGGAAAGGAACCUGAAUUGGACACUGAUGAACGCAUAGAGAUAACUGAUUCAAGCCAUGAUCAUGACAAGAGCUCUAGCAGCAGCAGCAGCAGUGGCAGUAGCAGCAGCAGCAGCUCGGAUGAUGAAUCCCGGGAGGUCAAGAAGAAAGAGGACGACAAGGAGAAUGAUGAUUCUGUUUCUGAAGUUAUUACUGUGCCAAAUCAACCUGUUCCAAUCGCUGGAGAUGCUCCGUUUAUGGGGUCUACUGCUAAUGUGAUUGUAGAGACUACUGGUUUGAUGGAUUCAACGGCUCCUAGCGAUCCCAGUCCUGGAGAACUGAUUGAAGUAUCACAUGUUGAUACAGAAAUCUCAAAUGAGACUCCUUUGCCUAAACCAAAUGAGAUUACUGGUGAAGUUUCUCUUGCAUCUGAUGAGCUUAAGCAGGCGUCUUCAAGUGAAACCGGCUCUGAUAAAAAGGAAAACGAAGGGAAAACAUUGCCUCUUCCAGAAUCUGAAGUUGUCAUUUCUCAUGAGGAAGAGGCUCCUGUGCUACCAACACAUGGAGUUGCGCAAAGAACCUCAUGGUUAAGUUGUUGUGGCUUGUUUGAUGUGAUGACAGGAUCGAGUAAAUAAACUCAGAAACUUGAGUCGCCUAUGAACUCAGAAGCUGCACAAGUGUUAUCACAGCCACGGAUUACGUGUGAUAUAACAAUACGCGAAAAUUCAGUAACUUGAUGAAUGUCUCUCCCUCUUUUAAGAACACAAAACACGCCUUCUCUCAUAUGAAAUAGUACUCAGCUUCUAGUAGUCUUCAAAGCAGACAUGUCUGCAGUUUCUGCUCUUUAUAUAUAAGUCCUUACAGGUUCUCUUCCUUUUCGCUCUGUACGAUUCCUUGUCUGUUGUUGUUUUUGUUCUUAGGUUCUGAGACUUUGAGACUGUUGUUGGACAACUCAAUACGAAUUAUGUAUGAUUAUUUUCACUACUCAUGAGCUAAUAAUAUAUUUAUCUAAGCA